AUGGACGGGACUGGGGAUGUGAGCCAGCCUGUUGUGAAUGAAAAGACUGGAACGUGUUCCUUGUGUUCGUGUCUUGAACGUUUUCAGUAUUGGGAGUCCGAUGAGAAUUAUUUAACAAGGUAUUCACAUCCAAAUGUUUUGUUAAAGGCUCAACAUUCUAUUUUCCAUGAGCGGUGCCCAGGUUGUGAUGAUAGUCCCAAUGAUAUGCUCUGCAGUUUUUGCAGGCAUCUUAGGCCGCGGCAUUUGAAUCAUUACAUCAAUCAAAGCAGAAUAGAUCUUGACCUGAACUUUGGGACGUUUCGAGGCAUACAGCAGCGGUCUGGCAAUUGUGUAUUUUGCAGCAUGGUUAUCCAAGAAGGGUACUUGAAGGGUUGCAACGAGCAUUCGAUUUUGAUUAUGCGAAUUGAUUCUGCACAUCCAUACAAGGAUAUACACUUGGAGUUCGGCUUUCGCCAAAAAGGUUUUACAUGGGUUGGAGCUAAGCGCAUUGGUGGUAUUUUUGACAUCACCAAACAGACAAUAUGGCAGCAGCCGAUGGUAGACUGGAGCUCAGUCCGCAUCUGGCUAGAAACUUGCGACAGAGAGCAUGGGGGCUCAUGCCACAAUGGACCCCUAAACUCACCGCCACACGAAUUCCGACUUAUUGACACGGAAAGAGGAUGCGUAGUAAUGGCUCCUCCUUCCUGCAGAUAUGCUACCCUGAGCUACGUGUGGGGUAGCACUACUGAUGAAUAUGCAUUGGCAACAAAAAGCACCAUCAAGAUGCUGGAGGAAGAGGGUUACCUGUUCAGAAACCCUAUACCGGCGACCAUUAAGGAUAGCAUCCGUGCAUGCAUUGAAUUGAAGAUACGGUACCUCUGGGUCGACAGACUGUGCAUUGUGCAAGAUGACACUACUGUGAAAGUCUCACAGAUCAAUGCCAUGGGCGACAUAUAUAGCCAUUCUUAUCUCACCUUAGUGGAUUCAGAAGGCGUCACCAUGGAUCAUGGUCUCCCCGGGGUUUCGCAAGCAAGAGCAAGCCAGAAUAUUUAUAAGAAAUCAAAAUGGAGAUCCCGAGGCUGGACGUUCCAGGAGGCAAUGCUAUCGACAAGGAUGUUGUUCUUUACAGAUGCAGGUGUAUUGUUCGAGUGCUCCCAAACUUCUCAGGAAGAUAGAUUUGCACUAUUGAAGUCAAAGACUUUACGCUUCACACCGGCCACAGCAUACAAGGAUCUUGUGCACGAAAUUUCAUUUAGAUCUUUUACUAUCAAUUCUGAUGUCCUCAGGGCCUUUUCUGGCAUUAUGCAUUGGAAAUAUGGGACGGAGCAUUACUUUGGCCUACCGUACUGUGAAUUUGUGAGCGGUAUGCUCUGGCUUCCCUAUGGAUCAUCUGCUCACGAAACACCUGUGGCCAGGCGUACAGGAACAGGGAAUAUUUUCCCCACCUGGUCGUGGUCUUCUGUAAUGGGGUGCAUUGACAUUUAUUCUUGGGAAGACACCCAUACAUCAUUACUGGGUGUGUGGGGUAUCCCAUCUUCCAGGACUAACGAAACGGUGCACAUCAUUUGGCCUCAUAAUCAACAACUGUCACGGGACGAGGAGGACGGCUGGGUUCGAGAACUUGGUAUCGCAUUGGCGUGGAAGGAAGGUUGCUUUCCAAGGCCAUUACCGUCGAUGCUGAAUGUCAGCACCACCUGGAAAGAGUAUCGGGCCCUUCUCAGAUCCGGAUGGGCAUCAUUCGAUAAGCUUAACGAGGAGGCGCUUGGGUUAGCAUAUUUGCAGGGGAAGGAGGAUAUCGAAACGAUUUUCUCCUCGUCUUACAUGGAACGUGCAAAUCAGCCAGGGGCAUUGCUGGGGCAUACCCAGUCACUUGAAGCUCGAAUGAUCCAGGUGGGAGACAAAGAACCCAGUUCCUUUAAUGGAGCACUGUAUCUUCAGGUAAAUUUGCACAGCAUGCGUGAUGACAGGGUAGACCUGUGGAUACACUCUCACCCUGCCCAUCGGAAAUUUCUGGACCAUGAUUACAGCACGGAUCAUGAUACUAAAUUGAACGUGCUUGCUCUUUCAAUGAGUCAUCGGUACUACUUCCAUCGCGAAGAUGAAAGUCGAGACAAACAGGGUCUAUGGUAUGAUUCCGAGGGAAGCGUACUCGGCACCUCCGGUGGCAUAGAUUUCAUUUUUCUGGUCGAUGUAUUGAUUGUCGAAACUCGAGAUGGACUCAGUCGACGAGUGACUACAGGCAUGGUCGAGCUUCAUGACUGGAUUUCUGCGUCGCCUGAAUUUCGGAACUUCAUACUGGUUUGA